UACUUUCUUAUGCAUUAUUUAUUAUGAGAAUAAAAUUGUAGCGCAAAAUGUACUUGUUUUAUUUACCUCCUCUUUUUUCCGUCCUUAUCCAUUAGAUCGAUUCGUGAAAUGUUGCUCAAACAAGUUUAAAUUAAAAAAAAAUUAAUCGUAAAUUGUGAGUCGUGACCAAUUUUUUAGAAUAUCACUGAAAAAAAAGUCUACAGGCUCGCUAUUUAAAUAUUUAAUAAUCUGAAAGAUUUUGUUUUUCUUCGAUUCUUUUUUUCAUUUGAAAAGACUUGAGUACAAUGAAUUAUUUACAAGACAAAGCUUAAAUGUGAAAAUUAGAAGUAGCAGCGAAAAAGUGUGGGAGUCGAUCGGCAAUAAUGAUGCUUCAGCCCUUAAUUUCUCGGGGUAGAAGGGGUGGUGAGUACCAAGUGCAUAAGAAGGCUUUGCAGCCUCUUCAGAUUUCAGUCGGCAAUUCCCAGCCGCCACUAACAUGCCAUUCUUAUAACAAAAAAUUCAAAUAUUGAUAACAUUGUGGUGAUUAUGGAUUGCGGUAAAAUGUUUCUCUUUAUUUUUCUUCUUCUGUAUGACCGUAUUAGUGCCGAUAUUGCCCUCUGUCCUCUAGAUUUUUACCACGAGCAAUUUGCGGAAAGAGUGGAACCCGAACGUGAAGAACCGACCACCGGAUUGACCAUUCACGACAUUCUCCCCGAAGACCCCAAAAAGUACGAUAAAAUGCGCCCGCCGAAAAAAGACGGACAACCCACCAAAGUCUACUUCCAUGUCACUGUCAUGGGGCUUGAUAGUAUAGACGAGGGGUCCAUGACUUAUGCGGCUGAUAUUUUUUUCGCCCAGACUUGGAAAGACCACCGGUUGCGGUUACCGGAAAAUAUGACCUCGGAGUAUAGAUUAUUGGAGGUUGAUUGGUUGAAAAAUAUGUGGAGGCCUGAUUCGUUUUUCAAAAAUGCGAAAAGUGUGACUUUUCAAACUAUGACCAUACCAAACCACUACAUGUGGCUGUAUAAAGACAAAACUAUUCUCUAUAUGGUUAAACUUACGUUACGACUUUCUUGCGCCAUGAAUUUCAUGAUUUAUCCGCAUGAUACGCAAGAGUGUAAACUACAGAUGGAAAGUUUGUCACACACUACCGACGAUAUGAUUUUUCAAUGGGACCCUGAUGUCCCAUUGGUUGUGGAUGAAAACAUCGAAUUACCACAACUUGCUUUAGUUCAUAAUCACACAGCUGAUUGUACUCAAGUCUAUUCAACUGGAAAUUUCACCUGUCUUGAAGUUGUUUUUGAGUUAAAGCGCCGUCUAGGCUACUAUCUCUUCCAUACGUAUAUUCCGACUUGUCUCAUUGUAAUCAUGUCUUGGGUUUCUUUCUGGAUUAAACCUGAGGCAGCCCCAGCUCGAGUCACCCUAGGAGUCACCUCUUUGCUAACACUUUCCACUCAACAUGCCAAAAGUCAAGCAUCACUUCCUCCUGUUUCUUACCUGAAAGCUGUGGACGCAUUUAUGUCAGUCUGCACAAUAUUUGUGUUUAUGGCCCUUAUGGAAUACUGUUUGGUGAAUAUAGUCCUGGGUGACUCAGAUUUACCCAAACCACCGCAACCGGCCAAAAAACCAGACUCAAUUUUCGACAUGGCAGCAAAAGAGAAUUCGUUUUUGUUAACCGGGGCUCCAAAAAUCCCGGUGGUUACACCGGCACAAAGGGCUCGGAAUAGGGCGAUUAAUAUUGAUAGGUUCAGUCGGAUUUUUUUCCCUUUGCUCUUCACUGUCCUGAACGGGACGUAUUGGAUAAUGUUCGCUGAGUAUAUUUAGAUUAUUAGUUGAGAGUUAAUGAAUAUUACAUUAUGUAGACACUGAUUACGUUAAAUACAUGCUGAGUCAACAAA